GCCACUUUCACUUGUUAUACAGAGAAUCAGACUUCAUCUACUAAGUGAUUGGACCAUAUAGCUCCCAUCCACUUUAUCCACCCGCCCAGGUACCUGAGUUGACAAUAUGUUAACCCCUCCGUCACAUGAGGUGAUAUGCAGAUUCUUGAGAACCCCGUUGUAAUUGUCUUUCUGCGGAUGAGAUCGCAUAUUGGAUGGGAUCACAGGAAGAGACAGUCCGGUUGUUUCAUGCGCGCCGCUGGUCUUCCCAUGUAUCUAUUCUUCUCUUUUGCUCACUACCAGAUGCACAUUUCAACGUAGUGUAGUCUAAUUUCUACGUGCUACCAAAAAUCCACUUGGGUGAUAAAAUUUGAUGGUUUAUACAGUUAUGCAGGUGGU